CAGCACCACUCUGAGAUUAUGAGUAAGGCCCACAUAUUAUGAAACAGUAUUUAAUCUGCGUGUCUCGGAGACACGCACGUUAAACAUGUAGGCGUCUUUGGGGAACAUCUGAUGACAUCUUUUCCUUUCUCUGCUUGUCAACCACUCUUGGUAAUAAUAACAAAUAAGUAAAUACAAUAGCAAAAACCAUAGCCUACUACUGGCUUACUUGCGUUGCGUUCAACUCAAUGCGCGUACGCGCACGGUGGGCAUAAGCGUUCAUCGCGGCCCCGCGCACAUCUGCUGCACGGUGUACGGUAGCAUCAUCCCAGAGACGGGAGCAACCAGGGGAGCGCUUCCGCUGUGCUGAGCAAGCAGCCGGUAAAUGGACAGCCGACACAAUGGCAGAGGAUUUGGGGGCGCCUCUGUCAUAGCGAAAAACAACAGGUCGCAUGGAUAAUCCCGCCACAUUUAAGACAGCCACCAUGGUUCAGCUGCUCCACGUCUGGUGUUGUUUGGGUUGACCGUCGGAGAGCCACCACCACAACCAUCACCACCAAAGUGGCUUUGCGAGGCUCGAUGUGGCUGGAGAACCGACGUACGGUUGCGGGUGCGGGUGCGGGGCUUGUCGUCCUGUCUAUCGACUGAGAGACAGACAAGGUAUAGAUCACCGCGGGGCAGGUGGCCCCCCCCCGACUGCCGGGUCCGUAGCCGCGCCGGGGCAGGGUGGGGUUGGGACUUGUCGCCGUCACCAUGGAGAUAGACGCGCGUUUCCGCUACUACUUCCAGCACCCGUGGUCGCGCAUGGUCGUGGCCUACCUGGUGACCUUCUGCAACUUCCUGAUCUUCGCCGAAGACCCCAUCUCCCACAGCCAGACGCAGACCCACAUGGCCGUGGUGGGGAACUGCUUCUCCUUCCUGUUCAACAAGUACCCCGGCGGGGGCUGGAACGCCGUCAAGGUGGUGUGCUGGAUCCUGGCCAUCAUCACCGGCCUGCUGGCCGGGAAGUUCAUCUUCCACCGGCGCCUCUUCAGUGGUUAUCUACGGCUGAAAAUGUUCCGAGAGGACCACGGCUCCUGGAUGACAAUGUUCUUCAGCACCAUCCUCUUCCUCUUCAUCUUCUCCAACAUCUACAACCUGUUCCUGCUGAUGGCCGGGGACAUGGGGCCUUACAUGGUUACCGACCACAUGGGCAUCAGGAAUGAGAGCUUCAUGAAGAUCGCGGCCGUCGGGACGUGGAUGGGAGACUUUGUCACCGCCUGGAUGGUGACAGACAUGAUGCUCCAGGACCAGCACUACCCUGACUGGGGCCAGACGGCAAGAAGGUUCUGGAAGAAAGGCAACAACAGGAUCGUCCUCUUCUGGACGGUGUUGUUCUCGUUGACGUCGGUGGUGGUUCUGGUCAUCAGUACGGACUGGAUCAGCUGGGACAACCUGAACCGGGGCUUCCUGCCCAGCGACGAGGUCUCCAGGGCCUUCCUGGCCUCCUUCAUCCUGGUGUUCGACCUGCUCAUUGUCAUGCAGGACUGGGAGUUUCCACAUUUCAUGGGCGACCUGGACGUGAACCUGCCAGGAAUGUCGACAACGCAGGUGAAGGUCAAGCUGCCAGUCUGCAAGGGCAUCUUCAAGGAAGAGUACCACAUCCACAUCACAGGCAAGUGGUUCAACUACGGCAUCAUCUUCCUGGUGCUCAUCCUGGACCUGAACAUGUGGAAGAACCAGAUCUUCUACAAGCCCUACGAGUACGGCCAGUACGUGGGCCCCGGGGAGAAGAUCUACACGGUGGAGGAGCCCGAGACGCUGGCCAGCUUCAACCGCAGCACGCUCACCUACGCCUGGCGCUCGGGCAACACCAACCCGGCCACCAACCAGACGUACGUGCAGCGCGACAUGUUCCUCCACAGCCGCUACACCGGCGCCAGCCUGGACGUCAAGUGCCUGGCCUUCGUGCCCAGCCUGGCCGCCUUCGCCCUCUUCGGCUUCUUCGUGUGGUUGCUGGGCCGCUUCCAGGACAGCGAGACCAUCCCGCAGAGCCAGGACCAGAACUACGAGCGGAUCAAGAGGAAGUCCCCGUCCGAGUACAGCAAGGAGAUGGGCGUGACGCCGGAGGAGGUGCCCGUGACCGUGGGCGACGGGCUGAGGAAGGCCGGCACGCCCAUGCUGCUGUCGGUGGACGGCUGCCACUUCGGCGGCGCCAGUCCCUCCACGAACUCGGCCUCGCUGGUCUCCGUGGAGACCACCCAGACGUCGGUGGAUCACCCGAGCGUGGUGGUCGACAGCCCCGUGGGGGGGGAACCGGGGGGGUCCCUGGACGCCCUGGAAGCCCCGUCGGCGUGAGUUCUCGAGAGAAGAACCGGGUCAGAAGACUUUGAUUUCGAUAGCGAGGUAAGGGCGAUGGGGUUCUUGCGGGGCUUUUUGGAUCCUAGGGUAGAACCGGGAUGAACGCGGGGGUAAGUGUGACGAAGGCGAUGGAGCCGACCUGCACCCAUAAAGGUCUAAAUAAACGUGGGCAGAGCCAAUGAGGAUACGCUUCCACCCCCCCCCCCCCGAAUAACGAAGAAAGUCCUCAUGUGUAACGAUCCCCACUGACAACCAAUCGCUUAGUGGAUUUUCUACUUUUUUAAUAAAAACAAGUCUUUUUAAAACUUCUUACAAACAAUAAUUGCGAUAACAUACAUAUUUUCAAUAGGUAAAAGGAUCGACAACAGAAAACUCAGAUAGAAAACCUUGAUUGACAUGGUGCUUGCUCCAUUUUAGGAUUUCAUAAAUGCGAUUUGUUAAAAUGUAACUAUUUUGUGCCUAUGCCAGAGAAGCAUUUCCAUAGUGGUGGUCUGAGCGUACCAGACCAUUAUUACAACACCAGUGCCUUGAUAUUUCAUGAAGAAAGACAAAAAACCAUACACAACAAUAAAAACAACAUAACCUGACCAUCUUAUAUUGUUAUAGCCAGAAUAACGGUGUACCUUGUGUGUUGUGUGUGUGUGUGUGUGUGUGUUUGGGUUUAUUUUUCUUAUUUUACAUGGACAACGGUUACCUCAUCGGAACGUUAUUAUUUAAUUUACGAUAUUAAUGUGUGAACUUAAUCAACUGAUGUCUUGCUCUCUCCUCUUCUCCGUUCCCCUCUGGUUCUAACGACAUGACGAGGAACACCUGUGUAAAUUGAGUGGUGCCUGUAUUUAUAUUGUCAGUCGGAGCGAUAAUAACCAGCCGUCUGUAAUUAACAAACAAACUGUGUCAUGAUUGCUUGUGUGGCGCAACGACGUUGUGUUUCUCGGCACCGCGUUGGCUGCCAUCGUUGGAAAGAAGGCUCGAAGGCUCAGGAUUUCCAGUCACCCAAAAGCAGAAACUUCAGUUUUGGUUGUAAACCAACCGCAUUUAAACAUUUGAUCUGAUUUAUUUGUUUGUUUGCUCUGCGGUUCAAAUGUGUUGUCUUUCAUUGCUGAACAUUUAAAUGUAAAAAAAAAACAAUCCUGCUGCAUGGAACCAGAUUUAUUUUAUGUCAAAGAAAUGUCACGUUAGCUUUGUACCCUGGCUAUCGCUAUGCUACCUGUUAGCAUCAGUAAUAUGCCAGGGUCACCGUUUAAAGAGGUCAAAUAUAGAUUUAGUAUUUUGCGAAAACCAAAAUUGUGUCGUCUUUGAAUUUAAUGUAUUUCACUUUGGUUCAUCGGUAAUGUGGGCCUUUUUGUGUUUAUGUGUGUCUGCAUAUCAGUGUGUGUGUGUGUGUGUGUGUGAAUAUCUGUGUGUGUGUGUGUCAUUGUAAUGAUGUAACCAUCGUUUUGCUUGGUGUUCUGGACUCAACCAUCACACGUGUUUGUGUGUGAGUGUUUUCGUGAAGAGGUCAGCUUGCUAAGGGCCAUGGCAGCGGUCUUUCCUUCUGUAAUCAUCCCAUUACACCUCGCAGGUCACAAAAGUCAUUACCAUGCGAGCGUGUGCUGCUUUACUGGUUCAUUUCGGUGAUUGCUUUGUGAGAUUACAGCGGAUAUGGAACAGGCCAACCCAAACGAAUAAGCGACUCGGUGAUUAGGAGGAGGAUAUUAAGGAUAUCGUGAUGUUUUUUGCUUUAUUGUAUUGUUAAUUAAAAAAGGUUUCCCCCUCG